AUGUCUGCACUAAAUACUGUUUCAUUCCAGGUUAACAAGGACAAUGAAAUAUUUGGCCUGAACGCGUCACAAUGGAAGGUAAUCAUAGCAAAAGUAGACGCCAAUAAAGUUACGCAGGAAGACCUCUUUUCGGCUAUAGUGCGCUGGUACAAAUACAAUGCCGGCGUGCGACAACAAAACUUACCCGAUGUCAUUGGUUCGCUAAGGCUAGACGAAUUCGAGACGGAAUUUAUUGAGAAGCAAAUUAAACCAUUACCCGGCUGUGAGCGCCUGGCCAUAGAAGCGAUUAAGAAACGUGGAGAUUCCAUCUCUUGGCUAGCUGUACAAAAUUUCGGAGAAGAUUGGUUGGGUGUCAAGGAUAUAUUACGUUUUAACCAAGCUAAGGAAAUAUGGGAGAAAGCUACCAGAUUGGAAAUAAAAAGAUAUGGCUUUGAUACAGCUUUCAUUGAAAAUUGCUUCGUUUUUAUUGGUGGUCGUAGUAUUAAUGGACCCAGUAAAGACGUUGUCAGCUAUAAUUUGCUAACUAAAGAAUGGACUACACUAUCAUCAAUGCAAGAACAUCGUAGUAGUGUUUGUGUUGUCGUUUUGAAUAAGUACAUCUAUGCAAUUAGUGGAAAAAAUAAAAGAGGCGAUGCAUUAACUAGUGUAGAAAGAUUCGAUUGGUCAACUGGUAGAUGGCAAUAUGUGGCUAAUAUGCCACGUUUUGCUGAAGCUGCUACAGUUUUAAAUGGCGACAUAUAUGCAUUUGGCGAUAUAGACGUUGCACGCUAUAAUUCAGCUACCAACAGAUGGGAGCAACGCAGGUCAAUGUUGGAUAGACGCUACUCACCAGCUGUGACUGCUCAUGAGGGAUUUAUAUACGUAAUUGGUGGCAGACAUAGUGAUCAUAGAACCGCUGAACGCUACAAUCCACAGCGAAACGAGUGGACCAGGAUUGCCUCCCUAAAUGUUUCACGUCGUUAUAUUUGUGCCGCAUCCAUAGGUGGUCAACUGUGGGCGUUCGGUGGUGUCAUCGAUCCUGCCAAGUGGACUGAUGACGUUGAACUUUACGAUGCGGCAGCCGAUAAAUGGUUGAUAAAGAAAAAUCUUCCGGUAACCGGGAAGUUCAGUUGCCAUGCGGUGCCGACAAAAUUUGUGGAAAAGUUAUAUUAAAAAUUAUUUUCUGAAAAAAAAGGAUUCUUAACAUGUGCCAUUAAUAAAGUAAAACCAAA